AUGAUUGUAAUUUUUCUUAUUUGCUUGAAUGCUUUAAAAUCAAUUGAAAUCUAAACUUUAGACCCUUAUUAUCAAGUUUCUUAUCAAUCGGUAAAGAUUGAUGAUGAGAUUUUUCAGCCAAACCAAUUUUUUAGUUAUGGUCUUUGGUCUCGAUAUAAUCCUUUAAGUGCUAUAUCUUAAGUUGGUCCUGUUGGAAUUUUUGGAAGUAAUUGCUACUAAUUACUGAAUAUCAUUGAUAAGGUAGAUGGUGGAAUAACUUUUAUGUAUUUCGAUUGUUUACAUAAUGAGAAAUAUCAAAUAACAAAAGAAAUCAAAUUUGUUAAUGAUAAUGGAGAAUAGAAAAUUUAUGAAACUCAGAUUGAAGCAUAAGAAUAUGAAAGCUUUUGGUAUUUUCUUGAAAUAAUCUAAUGGCCAAUUAAAAAAAGAUUUGAAAUUUUUAUAAUAUCCCAAAAAGAAUAAAAAUUUUUUAUAAUGGAUGAAAUGAAAUCCCCAUUUAAGGGAAAGGAUUUACAAUUAACUUUUGGAGGAAGCUUGAUUGUAAGUAAAUCGAAAAUAGAAUCAGUGUUAAUCAAUCAGAAAUUCUCAUACUUUCCUGGAAAAAUUAUCAUGUAAUAGUUUAAAAUUCUGGAAGAAUUAAGUAUUGAUGAUUGGUUUGAAUAUGCAAAAAGUGUUUUUGAAGAGUAUGAAACUUGUAAUUGCUCGCCUAAUCAAGAAUUUUAAAUUCCAGAUUUAAACAUUAGCUCUAUUUAAAAGGGAGAAUUUGUUUCAGAAAAUAAAAAUUGCAAUUCUUUUUUUAUUUAAGGAUGGUUUAAAAUUUAAUAAAUUAUGGACAAAGACUAUGUAUAUCUUUAUCCAUUUAUAAAAUUAGCAGGCAAUUUUGAAAAUCCAAAUUUAUCUAGUAAUAAUUUAUCUCCUGUUUAAGUAUUUUAUAAAUUGUCCAAUAUUUAACAUUAAAUUCUAAUUACUACAUAUAGUUUCACUUUUCCAUCAGUAACAAUAGAUUUCAAAAGUAAUCCUUUUUUAAUUGAGAAGACUUUUGAUAUUGUAAACAGUAUUACAUUAUGGCAUAAAAUUUAGAUUUAAUUGGAAAAUAGCUUAAUGGAUAUCUAGAUUAAAUUCUAUGAUAACUAUAUGAUUCAUGAAUAUAAUUAAUAAUUAGAAGUCCGUUAAUUUUAAGAGAAUUAAUUUAAAUUAUAAUUAGGAAAUUAUUAAUAGCUUGAAAUAAAUCAGGUAGACUUAUUGAUCCGAAACUUUGUUUUUUUUAAUUGUAAUUAAUCUUUUUCUUAAAAUAAUUGCCAUUAUACUUGUUAGGAAUGUGAUGGACCAACAAAAGAUGAUUGUUUAUCAUGUUCCGAAGAAAGCAAGAGAAUUUAUUUACCUGAAUAUAAAGUAUGUGUUUGUCCAUUAGAUACAAUCGAUAAUUUAAUUUGUAUAGAUUAUCUUGUAGCAUAGAUGAUGUUAAUCGAAGGAACAUUUAUCAAUGAAGAAUGCCAAUAUGGCUAUUAUGAAUUAGAUAAUGAAUGCUAGAAAUGGUAUUUAUAAUUAUUAUUUAGUCCUUCAAUUAUCAAUUAAUAUUUGAUAACUUGUUUAGAAUGCAUCUAUAAUCCUAAAUCCUUUAGUAAAAAGCCAUAUUGCGGAGAUGUUUUAUCUAUUAGUUAAACAAGCUAAACAGAAAAUGUUUACUGGUAAUUGCCAGAAUUAUUACUUUUUGAUGGCAUUGAUCAGAAUAAUUUUGCAUGUGUAAAUUGUGAUAGCUUAAUCGAUAAUGAAUUAGAAAAUAUAUAUUUUGACUUCACAUAAAAAUCUUUAUAUUUUAGAAGCAUAUGUAUAACAGAAGAAUUUAGAUGUUAUUAAGUCAGUCAUUUUGAAUGUCCUGAAUAUCAUUUAUCAAUAGCUGGUAUAUAAUGUUCCUCAAAAAAGGAUGAAUUUGAAAAUUUUUAAGGAUAAUUUAAUCCAUAAUUUGAUUAUAUUAUUACUUUUAAUUGUCAGUCUCCUAACUAUAUUACAAACCUUUACCAAUGCAAAUUAUGCCCUAUAAAUAACUGUAUAUAUUGUUUUGAAUACCAAUAAGGAGAUUCUUCCUUUAAAAGCACCUUAUAUAAGGAUUUUGAAAAUUUUGAAAUAGAUUAAAGUGUAUAAAUUGGUUGUGCGAUGUGUGAAUAUAAUUAUAUAUUUGAUUUUACUAUUGGCGAAUGCAUAAAAUAAUAAUCAAAAAUAUAAACAUGUUUAAGAUCUUUCAUAAAUUUGAAUGGAUAGGAAAUUUGUACGCUUUCUUCUCUCAAUGAUUUUAGCAUUUCACCUGAAAUUAUAAAUUGCCAGAAAUAUUACUCUAAUUGCUUGUAAUGUGUCCUUACUCCUAAAACCAAAAUACAAUGUAUACAUUGUAGUGAAGGAUAUUUCAGUUCUUUGAUAACUGGGGACUGUAUUAAGAAUUAUUAACUGUAUAUUAAUGAAAAUACUUAUUCUCAUAUUUUAACAGAUGGAUAAAGAUCAGAUACAUGGGUUGUUAUGAUUUAAAGUUUUAUGAUGCAAUUUUUACCAUCUCAANUGAAUUAGAUAAUGAAUGCUAGAAAUGGUAUUUAUAAUUAUUAUUUAGUCCUUCAAUUAUCAAUUAAUAUUUGAUAACUUGUUUAGAAUGCAUCUAUAAUCCUAAAUCCUUUAGUAAAAAGCCAUAUUGCGGAGAUGUUUUAUCUAUUAGUUAAACAAGCUAAACAGAAAAUGUUUACUGGUAAUUGCCAGAAUUAUUACUUUUUGAUGGCAUUGAUCAGAAUAAUUUUGCAUGUGUAAAUUGUGAUAGCUUAAUCGAUAAUGAAUUAGAAAAUAUAUAUUUUGACUUCACAUAAAAAUCUUUAUAUUUUAGAAGCAUAUGUAUAACAGAAGAAUUUAGAUGUUAUUAAGUCAGUCAUUUUGAAUGUCCUGAAUAUCAUUUAUCAAUAGCUGGUAUAUAAUGUUCCUCAAAAAAGGAUGAAUUUGAAAAUUUUUAAGGAUAAUUUAAUCCAUAAUUUGAUUAUAUUAUUACUUUUAAUUGUCAGUCUCCUAACUAUAUUACAAACCUUUACCAAUGCAAAUUAUGCCCUAUAAAUAACUGUAUAUAUUGUUUUGAAUACCAAUAAGGAGAUUCUUCCUUUAAAAGCACCUUAUAUAAGGAUUUUGAAAAUUUUGAAAUAGAUUAAAGUGUAUAAAUUGGUUGUGCGAUGUGUGAAUAUAAUUAUAUAUUUGAUUUUACUAUUGGCGAAUGCAUAAAAUAAUAAUCAAAAAUAUAAACAUGUUUAAGAUCUUUCAUAAAUUUGAAUGGAUAGGAAAUUUGUACGCUUUCUUCUCUCAAUGAUUUUAGCAUUUCACCUGAAAUUAUAAAUUGCCAGAAAUAUUACUCUAAUUGCUUGUAAUGUGUCCUUACUCCUAAAACCAAAAUACAAUGUAUACAUUGUAGUGAAGGAUAUUUCAGUUCUUUGAUAACUGGGGACUGUAUUAAGAAUUAUUAACUGUAUAUUAAUGAAAAUACUUAUUCUCAUAUUUUAACAGAUGGAUAAAGAUCAGAUACAUGGGUUGUUAUGAUUUAAAGUUUUAUGAUGCAAUUUUUACCAUCUCAAUAUUAUUAUCCACAUUCUCUUGAUUCACCAAAUAUAUAUGAGCUUAAAUGUAAAGAUGGCUAUUAAUUUACUAAAUUAUAAUCAUGCCAAAAAUAUUGUAGUAAUGAUUGUUUAAAUUGUUAACAAGAUUAUGAGAGAUUUAAUUGUAUGUAAUGCUCUUUGAAUUACUACAAAAAACCUAUAAGAGUUGAAAAAGAUGGUCAAUGUGUUAGUUGUUCUCACUUAUGCCAAUACUGUUAAGAAAGAGAUGAGGAGGGAAUAUAUGUAUUAUCUUAUACUAAAAUAGGCUGUUCAACCUAGUUUUGUCUUAACAAAUGAAAAUGCUAAAUAUACAAUGAAAUGUAUUAAACCACUUGAAGAUCCUAAAAUAUUUAUAAAUCCAUACACAUCUAUUGUUAAAUAUUGUUUGAAUGAAAGUUGUUAAAAUCAUUUGUCAUAUAUAUUCUAUUUUAGUAGUUGUAUUUUCAAUAGAUAUGUCGCUGGAGGUUAUGAAGAAGAAAUAAAUUUUCAAUAUUCUAAUCUAAUUGGAGUUGAUGAAAUGACAAUAGAAUUUAUAAUAAACAUUGAAUUUCAAGAAAAGUGUCAGUUUCACAAACCUCUCCAAAUUCUAACCUAAUUAAGGAAAUAAAUAUUUUCUCUUUAAAAAAUUAAUUUGAAUCUUUUCUCUAUUUAUGAAAAUAUUUAUUAUACAACAGAAAUUACUGAAAUAAUUAAUUUUGAUUCAAUAAUAAUCUAAAAUGUGAGCCUAAGUUUGUAAGAAGAUGGUUUCAUAUUGAGAAAUAAUAACAAUAAAGUUGAAAUAAAAUUAAAAAAUAUAAUUUUAACUAAAAGCAAUAUUAUUGA